UCUUAUUUUGAAGGUCCGGGCGGCUCUCUGUGGGUUUUGGCGCAGCUGGUGCGCCUCGGUCGCUGUGACGGGACGCUGCUGGAGCCGAGAGGCGCUCCGAGCGCACAGAGCGCACUGACACGCUGGAUCACCAUCACACGCAGGCUUGUCCACAAGAAGGCGGUGUAGGACAAAACUGUUCUCACAGUCCUCGUGCGGUGAGCGCAGUCAGGAUCACGCCUCUGACAAGAAUGAAAGGUUCUCCUGAUCUAAUUCCUUCGGCAGAGCUGGAUCCCAACAGAAUAUGCAAAGGAAAAGGGGUCGUGACACUGAGGGCCACUCUCGUCCACAUAGAUGAUGAGGGCUGCAUCAGUGAACCGCCAAACGCCAUCACGGCACCGAGUGACUGGACAGGCCAGAUUAAUGGAGAUGGCUCUAAAGCAGGAGUGGCUGUUGGAGGCAGCAACAUUCCAGCUGAUUUACCUCUCGUAAACAACACUCAGUGCAAGGCCAAUCAAGAAUAUCAUAGUCCAGCCCCCAAUGAUUUUGAGGACUGUAUCACACCAUCUUCUGGCUCCGUGUAUCCGUGCACUACCACAGUCAAUCCUACCAUAGUGCUACUGCAACACAACAGAGAGCAACAAAAGCAUCUGUCUCAUUUGGAAGACCCAAAUCCAGAAAUAGACAAAAGCCCAGAUCCUGGAAGAGACGCAUUUAGUCCAGUCCCUGAUAUGGAUGGGAAGAGGCUGCGGAUGUCGCUGCACUCACCUGUCAUCACUCCACUCAGCAAACCCACACUGCCUGUACGGAACACUGAAAAGUCCAAAGACUGGUAUAAGACGAUGUUCAAGCAGAUACACUGCAUACCCGAGCUUAUCGAGGAAAACCCUUACCGCCCCACCUACAUUUUCCCUGAGAACUAUGACAUUCACAUGAAAUCAAAAGAUGACGGUUCCACUGCCUUUGGUUACUUAGAAGAAGUGAAGACUGUGCCUCGUUCAAAAAGUGAUGCAGAGGUCGGUUCAAGAAGUCAUUCGAUGCCAGUGCCAACGCGAUCGUCUUCGCUGAAACCCUCCGCCAAAAGGAACGAGUGGGAGCCCCCAGAUAAAAAGGUAGACACCAGGAAGUACCGCGCAGAGCCGAAGAGCAUCUUUGAGUAUGAGCCGGGGAAAUCAUCGGUGCUGAAGCUGGAGAGAACGACUCAGGAUGUAAGUCCAGAAGAUGUAGAUUUAGAGAAUGAGCCUUGGUAUAAAUUCUUUUCAGAGAUGGAGUUUGACAAAGCGAGUGCCCCCUCCUUCAGUCCCCUGGAACCAGCCUCUGAUCUGCACCAAUAUUCUACCAGCAAGUGCGGACACGGCGAAGUGGAGACUGACAGAGGAUCGUCCGCCGGUGAGCCUGCGGCUCCGCAAAGUGAGCGCCAUGUUUACAAGAGCGUCCUGGAAGGCGGCGAUAUUCCCUUACAAGGUCUACGGGCCCUUAACAAGCGCCAAGGGAGCUCCUCCUCCUCAAAAGUGGAUUAUAAAGGUGGGAAUGGCAAUAUAAUUUCACCUUGCUCCUCUGUAAAUAGUCGAUCGGUUCUUGCCAGUAAUGCAAUAGGUAACCAGUGUAAGAAUAAGAAGUCCCUUUCUGCUGCCAAAGCCUGCAUACCCCAAAUCCUGCCCUCUAAGUUCAAACCCAGGCUGCUUCCUCCCAGUGGCGACAGUCAGGAAAGCAUUGCUAAAACUGUCAGGCAUCCAAAGGCCCACAGUUGUGAGGAUCUGUACACAGGGACAUGUGACACAGACUGUUUUGAAGAAAGAGAAAGUGGGCAGCAUUCAGACUCAAACUCCAGUUGUGGCCCCAAAUGUGCCAAUGGCCUCACGAAUGCUUCUCCGGCAUUUAGGAGGAGUGCAUCUGAGUUUUCCAGCCUGUACAGAACCAUGCAUCACAUCCAGCGUCCCAACUCUACUAGCUGCAGCCCCCACGGCAGUGUCCGCAGCUUGACGUCUCUCUUUGAAAAGGCAAAGACAAAUGGAGAUGAAAGGUCAGAGGCCGACGAGGCAGGUAACAUUCCACGAGAUGCCGUGUCGUCAAGGGUCAGCGAGUUUGAAAUGAUCAUCCAGCGGUCCAGCUCGGUGCCCAGCCGCUCUUCCUCCUUGCCAACCCUGCACUCCAACCAGAACUACAGCCCUAAUCACAGCCCUGCUCACCUCUGUAUGGCCUCCACCAUGUCAGCUGACUCCCUUUUUGUAGCUGAACCCACCCAGACAGAGACUUGCUCCCCGGUGGAAGCAGAGGACAAGACCACCAGGGAGGAGGCCUUGUCACACAGUAGUGAGACUGUAGAGGAUGAUACACCCUCCUUAGUGAAUGAACACAAUAGCAGAACAGAGUCCCCCUCUGUCAUUGAGAAUGAUGUUGAACAGAUCCUUGGCGAGACUUCCACACAGCAGAGCCACACAGCUGUCAGUGAAUUAAAGAGUCCAUCAACACUACCUCCAGCAUCCCCUACAUACAGCCACCACCACCUCCUGCACCAUCUCAACCAUCACCUCCAACUCAAGCCCAGCAAAUGCAAAGGCUCCUGCCCAGCCUCCUAUACUCGCUUCACCACCAUUCUCAGGCACGAGAGGCAGCAGGCCACAGCCCAACAGGAGAGGCCUCCUGUUCAAGAGAAGAAAACUACACUACCUGCAAACCUUCUCCUUAUGGGCCCUGCCCCCUUUAGAUUACGUAAAAACCUGCAAUCGCACCAGGCUCGGAGAACCUUGUUGGCCACCAAGGUGACAAUGGGCACCCAAAGGCCCUGCAGUGUAUCUCCUGAGCUCAGACCUCUGAUCCCACAGCGCCUCUCAUCCCUGGAAGUCCUAGAGAGGCUGAGCAAUGGGGAAGGAGACGACACUGACCACCUGCAUAACGGGCAGGGCUCGGAUGCCAACGGGAACUUCCUGCAGCCGCUGGCAACUAACUAUAGAGACUCCUCUCCAGCUCAUGGGGAGAGUCAAGAUGAUGUGCUGAGGAGGCGUCAUGGAGACAAAGAGAAAAUCUUGGAGGAGCAGCGGCGGCUGAAGCGGGAACAGGAAGAGGCUGACAUAGCAUCGAGGCGACACACGGGCAUUGUACCGACGCACCAUCAGUUUAUCACCAAUGAGCGCUUCGGGGAUCUACUCAACAUCACAGAUAACACAGAGAAAAGGAAAUCAGGCAUCGAGAGAACUCCAGCCAUGGCUCGCUUUGACUUCAGAGCAGAAAGUCUAAAGGAGCUGCCUUUUCAGAAAGGAGACAUUGUAUACAUCAUUCGGCAGGUAGAUCAAAACUGGUAUGAGGGAGAACAUUUUGGAAGAGUCGGCAUUUUUCCUCGCAGUUAUGUUGAGCUCCUUCCUCCCACAGAGAAAGCCCAGCCAAAGAAAAGUGCUCCAGUACAGGUACUGGAAUAUGGUGAGGCCAUCGCCCGCUUCAACUUCACCGGGGACACAGUGGUCGAAAUGUCCUUCAGAAAGGGAGAGAGGAUCACGCUGAUUCGUAGAGUCGAUGAGAACUGGUAUGAAGGCAAAAUCUCAGGCACCAACCGCCAAGGCAUCUUUCCCGUCACCUAUGUAGAAGUGCACAAGCGACCCCGCGUCAAAAACGGCGUGGAGUAUCCCAAUCCUCCCGUGAGCCUCUCCCCGCAGCGCAGCACCAAUGCUUCACCUCAGUUGCAACGUAACCAUCUGACCACCUCUCCUCUACCCCUCCCUCGCUCCCCCUGCCGCUCUGUGUCUCCGGAGGUCCAUGCAGUCUCCUCUGAGUGGAUCUUCCUGACUGUGGGAGGCGGAAGCCCUCCCACUGCCCCUACACCUCCCCUGCCGCCACUGCCAUCUGUAUCCUACCGCUGUGGCGAGUACUUGCCCCCGCCCUACUCUGCCAGCCCCAUCCCUGUCCACACCGGCAGUCCAUACUGCAGCUCCCCCAUGGCCUCUCCAUCUGCCUCCCCCCUGCCCCCGCCAUAUCCACCUCGGCCCAACUCCACAACUCCAUUUCUCACCUUCACCCCACCUCAGGGGGAGGACGUCCUGCUCUCCUCAAACUCCCCAUAUCUUUCACGCAGCAUGAGUCCAAGUAGUGGCCCAGUGCUGGAGGGAUGGCUCCGGGGGGACAAGGAGCUGACAGAGGGGGAAGGAGCAGAGGGGGACAAGGGUGGUGGUCCCACCAUCAUGGGCAGCAGGCAAAAUAGCAAUGCAGAGCUUUUGAAAAAUGAGGCGGACCCUCAUGGACGGAACUCCAGAAGCCCUGUGAUGCUGUUUGACGUCCACGAUAACAACAAUGUCAACUCAUUAGCGGAGGCUGUAUGUAAUGAGAUUUUGAAUAUAGCUGAGACCUCUGUGAGGUACUGCAGCGCUCUGUCCCGCCAUCCUCAUGACUCUGUCCAUAGAUUGCACCCCCACUCCAGUAAACAAUCUCUCAUCAUUUCCCAGCAACCCCAGUCCCACAGCAGCAGUCCGGAGCCAAGCCACCUCAACUGUGGAAUCUUCCAGGCUCUGUACAGUUACGUGCCACAGAAUGACGAUGAGCUGGAGCUGCGGGAAGGAGAUCUCGUCAGCGUCAUGGAGAAGUGUGAUGAUGGAUGGUUUGUUGGCACCUCAAAGAGGACAAAACUGUUUGGGACUUUUCCUGGCAAUUACGUGAAGGAGGUGAAACUGUAAAGUUCUGGAAUCUGGCCGGCAAGCUUGGGAAGUGAUUGCUAUCACGCAUGGCUCUUGGUUAAAAUAAUCCUUUAACUGGGCAAAUUUGUUUGUCUGGGAAAGUAGUAGGUUUGGUCCGCGGUAUGUCAAACUGCAAGAAGACGGAGACAGAGCCUGCUGUUAACUCACUGCCCAAACCUCAGUAUGGAGUAUUGAUAACAUUUUACACACUUCACAAAAAUUCUUCCAUCUAAAAUUAAAAAAAAAGUAGAAAUUCUCUGUGAAAGUGUACCACCAAAUAGCAUUCAUUGUACAGGGAACAGCGUCAUUUUGUCUUUAUGUAGUAUUUAUGUAGCUCCUCGGUGUGGAGUCCAGCAGCAGAGCAAAUGCGUGAAUCGCAGAGUGGAGUUAUAACCAGAAUGUGGAUUUUUGUCUCACUUGCUGUUGGAGUUUUUUAUCGUGAGCUAUCUUUCAGAGGUGUCUGAUAUUGUGAUUUGCAGAGGAUGAUGCAAACUAUGUGUAUCAAGGCAUCUGUGGUCAUUUAGAAGUAGAAUUUAAAGUGACACCUGACAUGGCAGAGAAUUAUGAACUCUAGAUGGCUCAGGUUUGAACACAUCUUACUCCAAAGUUUAAAUGUGAGGAAUAUACACCUUCAGAAUUACAGUAAUUUCUUCAAGAAUUAAGCUUUAUUUUAAAAAUGCAUGAAAUCCCUUCAGAGAAACUGUCAUUAUAUUGUGACACUUUAAUUUGAAAUAAGUGACAUUUGUUUUUAAAUAACUGUACUAUCAGUAUUGGCUACUUUAAAAAAAAAAGCCACUGCACUGAUAAUAAUUUAUAACCAAAGGCUUUAGAUGCCAUUUCAGUAUUGCCUCCAUUUUCCAGCCUAAAGUUGUUAUACAACAUUUAUUACAUAGUCAUGUAUGUCUGUGACUACAAAUAGUAAACACUAAAAUGUGAUGCUAGCUUUUUCCCCCUCAGUUACCAUGGCAACCACAAAGGUGGAACGCAUGAGCUGAAUUGCAUGUCUGAAUAAAAAUGAAGUGGAGCAAUACUAUGUAUACGAUCAUCUAUUUUCAUAAAGUAUUUAUUUGUCUUUUUAGCCCUUUGGAGUGGAAGUAAAAUAUGUUUGCAGAUUCCUGUUGGGUAGCUGCUGGUAGAUGUCUAGAACCAGGCGUGGUGGCACUUAACUUCCCGUUUGGUGAUUUUAGGACGAUCCAACUUAACAAGAGUAAUCAGUUGUGACACAAAAAAGUUAUUUAAUAAUUUAAGUGAAAGGCAACAGUAUAGUAAUGCUGACUUUUAAUUGCAUAUUGAGAUUGUAACCACACCCUUACUGACAAGAUUGUAUGUUGUAGCCUUGUAAAUGUGUACAGAAAGCUUUGAGAGGCCUUCUAAAUGUUGGUACAUAUUUUCAUAUGUAAUAUGGAUAAUUUGGGAUGUACAGUUAUUGAUUGUAAUGAAGUAUUAGGCAGGAAUGCACCAGUCCAAUGCACUGGAUCAAUAUCAGGGUCGAUAGUGACCUAACAGAGCAGAUCGGGUCUUGGCUAGGUGCGUCUGAUCCACAUUAGAUCGUUACUGGAUACGUUAGAACUUUUUAUAUAUUGAUGUUUCCUUACAGACAGAGAUGAUCGCUCCGUCCAAGACAGUUUUCCAAGUUCAUGUUUCAGAGUCGGUAUCGGGAGAAAAACAGUCAAAUUGGUGCAGCCCAAGUAGAGUGUUCACACAGUGUGUUCUGUAAAAUCAGACCUUGAAAUUUGUCAGCCUAUCUGUUGGUAUCAGAGUACAUUCUCAUUUGAAGGCACCAAAUGAUGACACUUUUUCAGUGCUUUGUGUCUUUAAAAACACAGAACAGGUGCCUCUUUACAGAGGCACAGCGACACAUUAA